UUUCCAGACGGAGGACCACGGCGCGACCUGUAGCCAAGAUAGAAUAAAAGAGAAAAUUUUAAAAAAUGAAAGAAAGUUGGAAUUAAUUGGAUUAGAGAAAUCUUUUAAGUCAAGACGGAAGCGAUAUCUUCAAGAUUAAAAAGAUAGAUCACAGAAAACGGGAAACUCCACAAGAAAGACUCGAGUGACUGGUAAAAAAAAAAAAAAAAAAAAAAAAUGGUGAAGAACUCCAGGCUUUUCCGCCGGACAUAGACUCAGAGCCGAAGAGCCGGCUGCGUCUCCUCCUCGGGCGAGGAACCCCAUGGCCGCCAGCUGAGCGCGCGGCCUCCGAGAUCUUCAGGGCUUCUUGGAAUUGGAAUCUCGGAAUGAGGAGGAAUUCCACGCGAGCUUCGCCGUCGCCGCUGCAGGCGCUGUACCUGCCAGAGGAGGUCAACUUCUGGACGAUGGCGAUCGUGGCGGUGGGCACGGGCUUCAUCCUCAUCGUCGCCGUCUCCAUCUACCUCGUCUGCCAGACGCGGCUGGAGCGCCCCCUCCCGGUGCGGCACCACAGGACCGUGCGGCACAUCAGCCAGGGGCCCGACGCCGUCCCCCUGGCGCGCCCCUUCGCCAGCGACCUGAAGGAGGGGGAGUUCCACGCCUCCUCGCUCGACCUGCGCCCCUCCUCGUAGCUCCCGGGCGUGUUUCCUCUUCCGUGUCCAUCUCCUUGUGUCGAUUCGAGGUCGCUCUCCGAGGUUUAUGGGUCGAAGGCGUCUGCAUGUUGUAGUUUUCAUGGUUCGUAUCGCCUUCUCUGACACCAUGGGGGGUCAGAGGUCGUCAUGGCUCGACGUGUCAACAACGGCAACGCCCCUUUGUCCGCGCCAGGAAGUCGCCCGUUGAUUUCAGUCCCGUUAAACUUGACUCAGUGG